CAUGUUCAGUGUCCCUAAAAAUAUGGCCCCCCCAUGCAGAAGGAAACCUUUACCACAAAACUGUCCUAGUGUUCCGCCAAUUUAUCAAGUAUUUUGCGGAAAUCCAACCAAUCCGAGUGAUUGUAUUCUAGGAAUUUGGUUAUGUGAUGGAUCUAAAGAUUGUAAAACAGGAGCCGAUGAAAGCGCGGCAACGUGUAGAGGAGGAGAUCCUUGUGUGAAUCACAAUUGCAAGAACGGUGGAACUUGCGUUCCUUUCAAAUACACUCAGCACAUUAGAGUCGCCUAUUAUAGAUGCAAAUGUCCACCUUCUUGGAGAGGCGAACUUUGUGAUAUUAAACAGGAGGAUCCAUUUAAUUUUACAUCUGUUGUACCUGAUAAAACAACUAAAUUAACGAAUACUUUCACAACUGUUCAGAAUGAUUUGACGUCUGAGUCUUUCACUCAAACAGUAAUUAAUCAGCAAACAAGUAUUAGGCCUACUAUAAGACCAACAGUUGACCCAUCGUCUUGUAAUCCUAAUCCAUGUUUGAACGGAGUUUGUACACCAUUAAGGGGCACAUUCCAUUGUUCAUGUAGACCGGGUUUUGGUGGGAAAAAAUGCGAAACUGGCUUAAAACCAUGUGAUUCUAAACCGUGUUUAAACGGAGCAAAUUGUCAAAAUACUGAUAAUACUUCUGGAAGAACUUAUAAGUGCUCCUGUUCAAACGGUUAUUAUGGUCGUCAGUGCGAAAAUGACAUAAAUGAGUGUACUAGUAAUCCCUGCCUUAAUAGUGGAACUUGCAUUAACCAGAUCGGUAGUUAUACUUGCAAUUGCAAACCGGGUUUUAAAGGUUUAAGGUGUGAAUCAAAAUUAACAGCUUGUGAAUCGAAUCCUUGUCUCAGAGGUUCCUGCGUCGAAGAGAAAGAAACUUUUAAAUGUAAUUGCCCUAAACAAUAUGCUGGACAAAGGUGUGAAAGGAAUCAAUUCUGUGUUCAAGAUGACCCUUGCCGGAAUUAUGGCAUCUGCUUUCCACCUAGUAUUACUGGAAAUCGUCAUUUUUGUCUCUGUUUACCUGGAUUUUCUGGUUCAUUAUGUCAAAUUGAUUCAGACGAAUGCGCUGUGAAACCAUGCAAGAAUGGAGGAACUUGUCUAAAUUUACCUGGAAAAUUUGAAUGUCAAUGUUCUGAACAUUUUACUGGAUCUCAAUGUGAAAUAGAGAUAGAUCCAUGUUCAUCUUCUCCUUGUAAGAAUGGUGGUUUAUGCUGUAAAUUGGGAGUUCCAUUUUGCAACCCUAAUUUGAAACCCAAUGAAUUUCAAUGCUAUUGUAACCAUGGAUUUACAGGAAAUGUUUGCGAAAGAAGAAUUGAUCCAUGUGCUCCCAAUCCAUGUAAAAAUAGAGGAAUUUGUAAUCAAAUAGCUAACGAUUACUUGUGUACAUGUCCAAUAAAUUUUCAAGGACGAAAUUGUGAAGCUGCAGAACCCUGUGCUAGUUCCCCCUGUAGUAAUGGAGACUGUAUUGCUAAUGGUAAAAAUUUCGAAUGUAAAUGUAAAUCUAAUUAUUACGGAACUUAUUGCGAUUUAUUUGAUUCUUGCUCCUUGAAACCAUGCUUGAACAAUGGAAAAUGUGUAAAGGAGGAUUCAAAAUAUAGUUGUAAAUGUCCCCAAAACUAUAAAGGAAAUCGUUGCGAAGAUUACGACCCAUGCCUAAGUUUGCCUUGUUUGAGAGGAAGUUGUUCAGUAAAAGACAAUAAAUUCUUUUGUACUUGUCCCACAAAUUACACUGGCUCAAGGUGUGAAAAAUUCCUUUCAUGUGCCGGUAACCCUUGCUCUAAUGGAGGUACAUGCACCUCAAAAGGUGACGAUUUUGAAUGUAAAUGCCAUUCAAAUUAUACAGGUGUCAAUUGUGAAAAAUUUUUAUACUGUUCUUCUACACCGUGUAAGAAUGAUGGAUUUUGUAUUGAAUCCUCCAAAGAACCAUUUUACAUCUGUCAAUGUAAACCUAAUGUUUCCGGUCGACAAUGCGAAAUAACAUUAAAGUGUAGUUCGUCACCUUGUAAAAAUAAUGGAAAAUGCUUAAAUGUUGGACAAAACGACUAUGCUUGUGAAUGUCUUAAGGGUUACUCUGGUAAGGAUUGCUCAAGUUAUAUACCGUGCGUUGUUCAGCCGUGUAAAAAUGGAGGAACAUGCAGACCUAAAGGUUCUGACGAUUACGAGUGCAACUGCCUAUCAGAAUUCGUUGGAAAGGAUUGUGGAAUUGCAAGAAUUUGCCAAAAUAAUCCAUGCUUUAAUUCUGGAGUAUGCGAACCUCUCGGCUCAAGUUCUUUUAGGUGUAAUUGCACACCGCCCUACGUUGGACAAAGAUGCAGCGAUAUCAAUAGAUGUUUAUUAAAACCAUGUAAAAAUGGUGGAAAAUGCCAAAAAAAAGAUUUGGAUUAUAGUUGUCAAUGUACAUCAGCGUUUAUUGGUAAAGAUUGUUCUCAAUAUAACUACUGUUCAAGCACACCCUGUAAAAAUGGUGGCAAAUGCAUAAAUCAUGAAUCGUCAUUUUCAUGUAAUUGUACUCAACUUUGGGGAGGUCAAUUUUGUCAAAUUCCAAUACCUUGCGGUAGUUCACCUUGUAAGAAUGGAGCUACUUGCAGAAAUAUUGGUAAUUCAUUUACUUGUUCUUGUCCAUCAAACUUUACUGGAUUACUUUGUGAUAAAAAAUAUUCCUGUUUAACCAAACCUUGUAAAUUUGGUGAAUGUAUUAAUCUAGCAAAUGGUGCUGAUUAUUCUUGUUCAUGUAAACCUAAAUUUACUGGUAAAAAUUGCAGUACUCCAUUAGUUUGCGAUAAAGAUACGUGUUUCAAUGGAAAUUGUCAGAAUUCUCAAUGCCAAUGUAACAUUGGAUUUAAGGGAUUAACGUGCUCUGAUAAACAGCCACCGUGUGAUGCAAAACCUUGCCUCAAUAAUCCUCGAUUUUGUGAAAAUAUUGGAGAUAAUGAUUUUAAGUGCAACUGUUCGGAAUAUUUUGAAGGGAAGAGAUGCGAAAAGUUGAUUUCCUCGUGUAAUCCUAAUCCCUGUUACAAUUCUGGGACAUGUAUUCAGGUUGGAGUUGAUAGUUUUACAUGCAAUUGCCCAAAACCUUUUGAAGGUCAGCGUUGUGAAACAAAUCCAUCUUUAUGCAAUUCACAACCAUGUAGAAAUGGCGGAAGAUGCUUGGUUAAUGGAAACAGGAUUUUUUGCGCUUGUCAACCACCUUAUGCUGGGGAUUUCUGCGCCGAGGAGAUAAAAACAUGUUCUCCGUCAAUUUGUCAAAAUGGGGGUACUUGUUAUUCAGAUUCAAUUGGCGUAUUCUGCUCAUGCUCGAACGACUUUGAAGGUUUAUUUUGUCAAAUUAAAAGGGAUUUGUGUAAACCUCAAACCUGUUUCAAUGGUGGAACUUGUUGGUUAUUGAGAAAUCAGGUUUUUUGUGAUUGUAAAUCUGGAUUUACGGGCGAUAAAUGUCAAAUUACUAAACCUAAUCCAUGCUCCCCUGUGAAUCCAUGCAAUGGUGGUGAAUGUAUUGUAAAUUCAAAUGAUGCGGGAAACUAUAGUUGCAACUGUCCUCCUGGUUUUCUGGGAAGAAAUUGCCAAAAUGUUGAUCCAUGUUUCGCUAGUACGAGAUGUAAAAAUAAUGGAGUUUGCAAAAGAAGAAUAGACGAUUCUUCUUAUUGCAUCUGUAAACCAGGAUUUACGGGUAGUCAAUGUGAAAAUUCACUUCCCGCUUGCUAUUCAACUCCAUGUAAAAAUAACGCUACUUGCCUGGAAACUGUGACAAGUUAUAGUUGUAAUUGUAUGAAAGGCUUUACUGGAAAACUUUGUGAAUUAGAGAUAAAUGAAUGCCUUCAAGGGGAAAAGUGUAAAAAUGGUGGAACAUGCAUAGAUGGUGUUAAUUCUUUUAAAUGCGCAUGUGCAAUUGGGUUUAAGGGAACAAAUUGUGCAGAAGUGGAUCGUUGUGGUCAUAAACCUUGUAAAAAUUUGGGAACGUGUUUACCAUUACCUAACAACUUGGCCGGGACACAAUAUACUUGCCUUUGUUCAAAUUUUUAUUAUGGUAAUGAAUGUCAACUAAAAGAUUAUUGCGGUGAGAAUAAUCCUUGUGAGAAUGGCUCAACAUGCCAAAAUAAUAAUAGUGGACUUAAAUGUAUUUGUCCAUCGGAUUACACUGGCUUUACUUGCUCUAUUCUCAUAAGAGCAUGCGAUAAUGUAAAUUGUCAGAACAAUGGAGUGUGUGUGAACUUGUCCCCAACGUCGUUUAGAUGCAAUUGUAAAGAUGGUUAUAGCGGAGUUUUUUGUGAAAAAUCCAUAUGCGAUAAUUCACCUUGUUUAAGAGGUUCUUGUAAACCUGGAUCAGGUGGUGCUUAUCUUUGCGUAUGUCCUUCAACGUACAUUGGAAAAAAUUGCUCAACAGUGGCAACGUCAAAUUUUAAUCCAUCUCUUACUGGAAAUAGUUUUAUGAGCUUUUCCAUUACGAACGAUAAUGUUAACAAUUUUGCUAUGGAAAUGGAUUUUCAAAUAUCAUCGUCAUCUGGCCUUAUCGCACUUGCAGGAGAUUUAGAAAAGAGUUAUUUGGUGUUUGGUGUUAGUAAUCGAUACCUAAUAGCGUCAAUGAACUUAGGUCCUGGUCCAAUAAAUUUACAGGGAAGGAAUCUUUUACCAUUAAAUACUUUUCUAAAAUUAAAAGUUGUUAAGGAGAAAAAACUUUUAAUUAUAUACUUAAAUGAUCUUAUCGAAGUACAAGGUCAAACUCCGGGACUAGAAACGCUCUUGGCCAAAAAAUUAGAAUGUUAUAUAGGCGGUUAUCAGGCCUAUGAUCAUCAAAUUUUAAAGAGUUUGCCGUUAAUUAAUGGUUUAGAAGGCUGCAUUAGUAAUAUAUAUGUUAGUCUUGAAAACAAUUGGGCAUCGUUGGAUGAAUCAAAAUUUAUUACUUCUCAAUCAAUAAACACCUGUUCGAAUCGUCCUUGUAAUAUCAAUUGUGUCAGUGGUACUUGCCAAUUCAAUGGUAAAACACAAAGUGAAUGUAUAUGCAAUAUUGGUUUUAUCGGAAGCGAUUGCAGUACAAGAACAACAAUAGACACACCAAGACUUUCAGGGGGAGGAUAUAUUGAAAUUGAAAAUGUUAUAAUCAAUAUUAAAACAGAAAUAUCAUUCGAGAUAAAACCUGAACAGGCGAAUGGAAUUCUUUUGUUUUUUGGUACAAGUAAAAAUUACUUUGUUGGUUUAUUGAGGGCAGAUUUACUUAGUUUAAAGUUAUUCAAUGAAAAUCAAGUUUGGUCGACCGAUAUUCAAAAUAUUCGCUUAAAUUCUUGGUUAUAUAUUAAUAUUUUGUUCGAUAAUACUAGCAUAACAGCUAUCGUUAGAGGAUAUAUAGAUUUAAAGAAAAGAUUCGAUAUAUCAUUAUUUACACCUAAAUUUCCUGUAUUCUUUGGAGGAGUACCAAAAUUACACAGUUUCCCGGAAUUAGAAAAAGAUAGCGCUGGAAAGGGAUUUAAUGGAUGCUUUAGAAACAUUAAACUGAAUGAUAAUCGCCAAGCUGUCAGGAAAGGACGUGGUGUAACGAAUUGCCCUACAAAAGGCUGUGAUGAGAACCUAUGCCAUUCUUCUGCCCAGUGUUUAAAAUUUGAGAAUGGCUAUGAAUGCGUAUGUCCAGUUGGACGAUUAGGGAGUCUUUGCCUAAAUUCAGAUUGCUCAAAACCUUGUUCAAAUAAAGGAGUUUGUAUAACCAUAAAUUCAAAGCCAUGGUGUAGAUGUCCCCUUGGAUUUACUGGUGAAAAAUGCGAAUUGGCAAUGUCUGCAUCUAAUAUUAUUUCAAUGAAUGGUUAUGGAUUUCUAGCAUAUAAGAAUAAUAUAUUUGGGACAACUCAUUCCGCUGUUGAAAUAAUAUUUAAGACAAAUAGUAGAGAAGAUCAAUUGAUAAUGUGGAGAGGUAGAAUUGAUAAAGAAUAUAUAGCUUUAGGAAUAAAGGAGAGAAAGAUAAUAUUUCGAUCUAAACUAAACAAUGGUGCCGCUUCUAUUUCUACUAAUAUUAGUAUUGAAAUCGGACGGUUUAUUCAAAUUACAGUCUCUAAAUAUAGUCAAGCUAUAUCACUUGAAUUGACUGAGACUUCAGGGCGAACAACAAGAUUCCAAGGUGUUUAUUCAGGGGAAAGUAUCAAUUUUGCUGAUAAUUCGCCAGUCAUCUUUGGAGGAGACAGAGAAAGGGUUAGCUUAUCUACUAAGCAGUUGUUUAAAACUGGAUUAAAUGGAUGCUUAUAUCAAGUUCGAAUUGCCGUUGAACCUGGUGUAUUUAAUACGUUAAAUUUAUCAAAGGAAGCUUUAGACGGUGCUGGAGUCGAUAAAUGCACAAUUUAG